ACUUCCCCAGAAUCCUAGCAAUCAAAGGAAUAGGCAGAGUUUUUGCGGUUCUGAUAUUGAAGCAAAUCUUUAGGGUUUUAUAUCUGGGGAAAGUAGUAUCCAUGGCUACCCCAAGCCAUCACCAAAACCCCACUCCUUCAACCAAGAAAAAGAAAACCCACAAAAACCCUGAAGCCAAUUUUCUAUAUGAACUCAAUUCUUGCUCCAAAUCCAAAGACCUCAAAGCCGCUAUUUCCCUUUACGACUCUGCUCUUUCCAACAAUACUCGCCUGAACCAGUCCCAUUUCAACACCCUGCUUUACCUUUGCUCCACUUUUGCCACCGAUCCUGACUCCAAAGAUCUUGCUUUACGAUACGGGUUUCGAGUUUUUGACCACAUGAUGGCCUUAAAUAUCCACCCUAAUGAAGCUUCUAUUACCUCCAUUGCCCGUUUAUCCGCGGCCAAAGGUGAUGGUGAUUACGCUUUUGAGAUGGUUAAGAAGUUGGGUGAUUAUCAGGUUUUGCCACGGCUUCGUACUUACGAGCCUGCAUUGUUUUGUUUUUGCCAGAAGUUGGAAGCAGAGAAGGCUUAUGAAGUUGAGGAGGAUAUAGAUAAGAUGGGGUUGAGCUUGGAGGAACCUCAAAUUGCUGCUUUAUUGAAACUAAGUGCGGAUACGUGGAGAGGGGAGAGAGUUUAUAAUUACUUGCAUAACUUGAGAAGGAGCGUGAGGUGGGUCAGUGAGGAAACAUGCAAGGUUUUGGAGGACUGGUUUUGCUGUAAAGCAAGCGAGAUUGGUUCUGAUGUGGGUUCAGUGAAAGAAGCGAUUUUGAGGAAUGGUGGGGGGUGGCAUGGGUUAGGGUGGAUUGGGGAAGGGAAAUGGGUGGUGAAGAAAGGGAAUGUGGAGCCGAACGGUCGAUGUUGCUGCUGCGGGGAGCAGUUGGAUUGUGUUGAUAUUGAUGAUGUGGAGACUGAGAAGUUUGCUCUUUCAGUUGCAGGAUUGGCUUUGGAGAGAGAGGUUAAGGCUAACUUUAGGGAGUUCCAGGAUUGGUUGGAAAAAUAUGCGGAUUAUGAAGCCAUAGUGGACGGAGCAAAUAUUGGGCUCUACCAACAAAAUUUUGCAGAGGGUGGAUUCAGUGUUCUUCAGCUUGAUGCCGUCAUAAAAGAAAUGUAUACUAGAAGUGGGAAUAAAUGGCCACUUGUCAUCCUGCAUAAUAAGCGUGUGCGAGCCCUCUUGGAAAAUCCUUCCCAUAGAAAGUUGGUUGAAGAAUGGAUGGCUAAUGGUGUUCUUUAUACAACACCACAUGGCUCCAAUGAUGAUUGGUAUUGGCUUUACGCCACUGUAAAACUUAGAUGUCUGCUCGUGACAAAUGAUGAAAUGCGGGAUCACAUUUUUGAACUCCUAGGAAGUAGCUUCUUUCUCAAAUGGAAAGAAAGGCACCAGGUUCGAUAUACAUUUCUGAAAGGAGCCCUGAAACUUCAGAUGCCACCUGCAUACUCUAUCGUCAUUCAGGAAUCCGAAAAAGGAUCAUGGCAUGUUCCCAUUGUAUGUGAGAGCGACGAGGAGUCAUUGAGAAGUUGGCUCUGCAUUACGAGGCCAGGUGGGUGUGAAGAUGAAGGUAAAACUGGUUCCACCAUGGAAACUUGUGAAAUUGUUAAUGGUCCCUGCUGCAAGUCAAGUGAGAAUGGGAAUAAUGAAAAGUGUGAUGAUAAAACCACAUCCAUGACAGGUAAAAGGAAAGAGAGAUCCCCAUGAUUCACAUUGCUACUGUUAUUCAAUUUAUAAGUGGCAAAGCCUGUUUCAAAGCCCACAGUUCUUUUGCACUUGUACGAUUGAACCUGCCAAUCCAAAUAAUCUUCCAAUUUUGGGUCAAA